AUGCCUCACAAAAACGAGCCAAAAUUGGAACAAGAAUUGGCUUGGGAAUUGGAUAAAGCGAGCUUGCGACAACACAGACUGCAACGUAGCCCACUGAAGGUUCAAUUGUUUGCUGUGGACAGUCGAACCCCUGUCAAAGAGCCCGUGGGCUAUUUCAUGUUAGAUUUACGUUCAUGUUCAACGAACAAAAAUAAUCCCGCCGUGUUCUGUGGACUUUACCUCGAUAGUGAUGGUCAGGAGGUCGUAUUGGAUCCAAAAGUGAAAACCGGUGAGUAUUUUUUCUGUAAUAUUGAUGAAUUUUGA